AACAGGGAAAAGACGAAGACUAGUUAGCCGUUUAGUAAGUUUGUUAGUUUGUGAGGUCUGGACAGGAGUCUGCUCCUCCAUCAGUUUUCUUUGCGGCAGCUGGUCGAGGCUUUUUACUGUCUUGAAGUGUUGUUGCUCCCUUCUCAGUUUUCUUGACAGCCGUAUAGCAAUGGCUGCAUUUGCAGUACUUGUCGGGGCCAGUGCAGUAUUUCUGCUGGCGUCCGUGCUGGUUGUGAACGGUCAAUUCAACCCGAAACUGGAGACUUAUCGUGUGGUGACUGAAUACGCCUCUACUGCCAGCGGAUCUUCGUGCACGGAGUUUGAGAAACUCUUUGCCACAGGUGCGAAGGUCUUAUCGCCCGUGGGCACAACAGCUCAAACUCCCGCAGCAUUCUGUGCAAAGAACAAGGAGAUGUUUGCAGGCAUGGGUGCUUAUCCACGCGACCUGUGGCUUGGCAAUGUGACCGGCGUCAUGCACGUGGCUUUCUCGCUGCACGUUCGCGCCGUCAGCAAGGUGGGCUGCUUUGUCGACUGGCCGUCGAUCCUUGUAUUGGAGUUUGAGAAGGACGGCGAGAAGGUUUUGUCCUGGAACCAUUACUAUGAUGAUGGCUGGAUCGACGCUGCCAUUCGCUGUCGGUCGAACCGUACAGCAGCUCCGGAGGAGGCGAAAGAAUCCGUUUCCAAGCCACUGGCAUUCAAUAUAAAAUCGAUGUUCUACUCCAACGUUGUCACGUGGACCACAGGGGCAUGCAGUGAUUGGGCAAGUCAGUUUAGUGCCAGCGGCAGUGUGGAGUCGCCUGUUGGACAUGCUCCAGUUACGGGACAGCUGGGCAUCAUCGAUUUCUGCACCUUCUUCAAGAAAACCUAUCCCUCUUUCGGAGCUUAUCCACAAGAUCUCUUCAUUGCAGAUAAUGGCACUAGUCUUGCCACCUUCUUCCAUAUUCGUGCACUUUCUGAGAAGAAAUGCCACACUGAAUGGCCGUCGAUCCUGGUGGUGUCGUUCGACUCAGCUGGCCAGUUGACUCGCUGGCAACACUAUUAUGAUGACGGGUGGAACGAUGCCCAGCUGAAAUGCUGAUGUACAUGUGCAUGCAUCAUUGGAGACGGAUGCGUUCCAGAGAUCUGCCCUGUCAGGUGUGUGUGUGUGUGUGCACCCUAGUUUUGAUCUUGUGCUUGUAUACACGUUGUUAUUGGAUGGUCUAUCUUCUAUUAGUGCAACGAGACAUCUGCCCUAUCAGAUGCGUUUUUGUUUGUGUGUGUGCACGUGCAUGUGUUUGUAGUGUAGUUUUAGUACUACAUUCGCAUUCAAGUUGUGAUGGCUUAUCUUUUACUAGAUGAAAUGAGUGUGUGAACGGCUCUGCGGCGUAAUCAAUGUGCACUCAAUGCUCGGUGAUUGCAGCGACCGUGCCUACCUUUGUUUAGCUUCAAUAUUACUUUUUCUUGUACAUGUACUGUGUAAUACUAUUUAUGAUCUCGA